UGGACGCUUGACAGAAACCAUUCCAGGCGAACGUACGAGACCUGCUUGACAACACGAACUGACACAUUAAAAAGGAUGGAGAAGAAAAAAGAUUUUACCCUGGAGAGUGAUGAAGGAGCCUCAUCGAAGCCGAAGCGCUCGCCAACACUAUGUGGAACCAACUAUCCCUUGAGCAUCGCCUUCAUCGUGGUGAACGAGUUCUGUGAACGCUUCUCGUACUACGGCAUGAAAGCCGUCCUGACACUGUACUUCAUACGGUACCUGGACUGGGAUAAGGACCUGUCCACCGCCGUGUACCACGCCUUCUCCAGCCUCUGCUACUUCACCCCUGUCCUGGGGGCCCUCAUCGCCGACUCCUGGCUGGGCAAGUUCAAAACCAUCAUCUACCUCUCCAUCGUUUACGUCAUCGGUCACGUGGUGAAGUCCGUGGGCGCCAUCCCUGACGUGGGCGACAGCACCACACACAUCGUUCUCUCCAUCGUGGGACUGGUGUUAAUCGCGUUCGGGACGGGCGGGAUUAAGCCCUGCGUGGCAGCGUUCGGAGGGGACCAGUUUGAGGAGGAACACACUGAGGAGAGGAGGAAGUUCUUCUCCAUUUUCUACAUGUCAAUCAACGCCGGGAGCGUCCUGUCAACCGUCAUCACGCCCAUCCUGCGAGGUGAUGUGCAGUGUUUUGGGGGUGACUGUUAUGCUCUUGCAUUCGGGGUGCCUGCGAUUCUGAUGAUCAUAGCAACGGUGGUGUUCAUUGCCGGUAGCGGGCUCUAUAAGAAGGCCCCUCCGGAGGGAAACAUCCUGCUGGAAGUUUGUAAGUGCAUCGGGUGUGCCGUAAAGAACCGCUGGAGGAAUCGCAAGUACGGCUCUAAGAGGGCGCACUGGCUGGACUGGGCGGAGGACCAGUACUCGAAAAGGCUGAUCCAGGAGAUCAAAAUGGUUCUGAGGGUGCUGGUUCUGUACAUCCCCCUCCCCAUGUUCUGGGCCCUGUUCGACCAGCAGGGGUCCCGUUGGACACUCCAGGCUACCAGGAUGAACAUGGACUUUGGCGGGUUCAUCCUGAAGCCGGACCAGAUGCAGAUGCUGAACGCCCUGCUGAUCCUGAUUUUCGUUCCCAUUUUCGAUAUGGGGGUGUACCCUCUGGUCGGGCUCUGCAGGAUCAAGUUAACACCCCUGAGGAAGAUGGCGACUGGAAUGAUCUUUGCAGCCCUGGCGUUCGGUGCUGCCACAGUGGUGGAAGUGGAGGUCAUGAGAACAGUGGUGGAGCCCCCGCUGGCGGGGCAGAGUCUGCUGCAGGUGCUGAACCUGGCCGAGGGAGACGUCCAGGUGACCGUACCUGGAGCGGUCAGCUUCCCAGACCCCAUCUCGUCGUACACGGACCCGCAGGGAUAUCAGAGACUGGAGCUGAAUGGCGUUAACCGGAGUCUGACGGCAGACAUCGUACAUAAUGGGGUGAAUACCUCCUGCCCGCUGGUCUUCACCGAGGAAACGGCGUACAGCCUCGUCUUGCACAGCGGACCUGCUGGUGUUCAGUGCAAUCUGGUGGAAGACCACAUCACCAAGUCUGAGAAUGGCGAGGCGUACCUGAGGUUCAUCAAUGCCUACCAGACGGACCUGAAUCUAACCGUGGAUGGCAAGGACUUCCAUGCCGUGGCAGGAUAUGGGGUGACCCCGCAUGAGGCUGUGGAGAGAGGGGGGUACUCGGGGGUGAAGUGCAUGGCUGAUGGGGUGGAGCACCCAGUAGACCUGGGUCUGCUCGACUUUGGAGCUUCGUACACCUUCAUUCUGAAGAUGGGCUCCGACGGAAUAGUCGCUCACAGAAUGGAGGACGUGCAGGCGAACAACGUGCACAUCGCCUGGCAGAUCCCGCAGUACGUGCUGAUCACGGCCGGAGAGGUCAUGUUCUCCAUCACAGGCCUGGAGUUCUCCUACUCACAGGCGCCGGCGAGCAUGAAGUCCGUGCUGCAGGCCGGCUGGCUGCUGACCGUCGCCUUCGGCAACGUCAUUGUGCUCAUCGUGGCCGAGGGAGCGGGACUGGAACAGUGGAUGGAGUUCCUCCUCUUCGCCUGUCUCCUCGUGGCAGUCAGCGUCAUCUUCUCCAUAAUGGCCAGAUUCUACACCUACGUCAACCCCGACCAGCUGGACAAGAUGUUUCUGGAAGGGGACGACGACAAGGACAGCCUCAAGAACCACCAAAUGGAGAAGCUGAACCUCGACACAGACUGCAAGACCACCAAGAUGUAGCCCGACACUGCUUGACUUCAAACAUUCGCCAAGGGCUGGUAUAUGCGCCAUUUUACAGGAAAUCAACAUAGACUAAAUUCUGCUGUCAAUUCAGAACUUUUGUGCGAAAUGGCAGGUGGGACCAUUUUAGGAGUCGCUCCACGUUCUCGAUACCAAUUGUGAAAAACCUCAUCGAAUAUUGAGUAGCAUUGUUUCUUUACUGAAAUCAUUGAGCCAGUUAACUUAUUUUGUGAAAGAACCAGAAAACAUGUCUGCCACUCCAGAAUUCCUGGGCUCUGUUUACCUGGCCUGAGUGCUGACAAAGUGGUCACUGGUCACCCUGCUGAAAAAAACUGCUAAAGCUAGGUUUUGAAACAGCUGGUAGCUGGUCAUUUCAAGCGGGUCAUAGCUGGAUUCUACACCAGGACAACCCAGCCUUAGCCUCUAAAGCACUACCACAUAGGCAGCUCCACACUUAACUUGAAGGAACAUGCUGUUAAUUUUCUCAGAUGUGAUAUUAUGAAUGCCAUUACUGCUUUCCAACCAGACAUUUAGAAAUGCUGUGCCAUGCUCAGGCCACAGGCAGCUCCCUGUUUCCCAGGUACAAGAGAGCGAUCACUAGUCAGGAAGACUGCUACUGGUGUUCAGUGAUGGUCCACACGUCAUGAAACGCGUUCAGCGUAAUUAUGCCGUUUCUGUACAAAUCACAACAAACUACGAACAAACUGCUGUACGAAACCGCUCCAACAGCAGCCAUCACAGAGAAAGUCAUUUCAACGUUUGUUUUGGUUCUAAUAGUUUUUGUUUUGUUUUUUAACACUUGAAAUAAAUACUUCUGUCACCUGACUUUAGGAUUUUAGUAUUACGCCACGUACUAUAUGGUCAUGAAAAAAUAUUUUUGUAGUCUAUACAAUACAGGAAAUGUUUAAAGCGCAUGUGAAAACGCUUGGCUUUCAGCAACAGUAGGCGUUUGUGUAGUGGGUCCCGGCAGGCCGACCUGACCCCAGGGUCUCCACGGCAACGGCGGAAACGUCUGGAACGCUGCCAGCUGGAAGGGAAUAACGGAGCGCUGGCCGUGGGGGCGGAGCCUAUCAGUGAUGUGGCAGGAUCCAGCCAAUCACAAGACGGGCGGCCCCAAACUGGGCCUCUGCUGGCCGUCCCUGCCACGGACGGCAUAAAAAAAACUCCCACAGAACUCACAGCCUCGCACAGAACGUCCUCUGUGAACAACAGACCUCCUCUGUGAACAACAGACCUCCUCUGUGAACAACAGACCUGCAGCCUCAGAAAAGCACGUUUUCACAACAUCCUGCCAACGCCGUUCCUCCCGUUCUCCUCCUCUGAUCUUCAUGAUAACAUUUCAUCAUAAAACACUGCAUAUUGAUUAUGUGCGACUUUGUCAAAUAAAUCUCAAAGCACUGCAAUUAAAAAAAUACAGCCUA